GCCGGCCUGAUGAGAUGAUUUCUCUACUAGUCAAUUAGUUAAUUAGCAUUGUUGUUACAUUUUUCAUUAUACUAGUUAUUUACUUCAUUAGUAUUCUCAUUAAUUGUUAAAACAACUCUACUUCAAUAAAGUAGUUAAUUGUCAUUAAUUCAUUAUAGUUAAAGUCACAUUUUCUUAUUUUCAAUUUAUAUUUGUAGGAAGAAAUAGUAGUUCAAUCAUUUAAUUAAAGUACUUAACAUUUUAUUUAAGUAGUUUUUACUAAAUUAAAGUACUUCAAAAGUUGGUAUAAUUUUAAUUUUAAAGUCACACAUUAAUUCUACUUUGCACUAAAUUAGUUUGAAGUAUUAAUUAAAAUAGUUUUAAUUAGUUGCAUUAGUUUUGUAUCCAUUAUUAUAUUGGUUGUCAAUUAAUAUUUGUUACAUUUUUAAGAUGGAAGGUGGUAGAUAUUCGAUUGAUUUGGGUAACCUCCAUUCUCCAACCCAAUCGAAGGAACGAGAUUGGGAGGAAGAAAUCCCGCAAAGGUAAAGAACUUGCCGGUUCUUCAUCUCAAAGCCGAGAUGAUUUUGAAACGGGUUACCAAAGGCGAGAUGGAGAUGCGAUGUCCGAAGAACAACUCCAACAAGAAUUGGCCCGACAUAAUAACCGCUUUCUACAACAACAACAAAUUUGUAAUGUUUUGAUAUAUUUUUUUAAUGCUACUGAAACUUUUAGUCAUGUUUAUAAACCUACCGCAAACCAAUUUAUUCCACAAGCUGUUAAUCUCGCCGAUGCUUUUAAAGAAUUUCAGAAUGUCGUUUUCGUUCAUUAUUUUUGUGAUUCUAUGAAGGAAAAGUUUUUAAAAUAUUAUGCGCAUAUUCCCCAUAUUUAUGGUAUUGCGUUUAUUCUCGAUCCUCGUUAUAGACUUGCUAAUUUGGAAGAUUGUUUCAACUUCUAUUAUCUUGCGUUUUUUGGUGAAUUUCCAAUGUAUGACGAUAACCCCAUAGAUCCGAAAACGGAAUACAACGAGGUUAGUACUUUAUUUUAUGCCUUAUUUAAUGAGUUUCGUGCACAAUAUAGCAACGCUCCCCCUCCCCCGUCACGAACAUCUUCAUCUAAAGGAAAAUCGAUUUUUAAAUCUGCAUUUGGCAAUCUUAUGAAAAAACAAAAACAACUCACGUCACUGAACAAAGUGCAUUGAAUGAGAUUACUUUGUAUUUAACAUAUGAAGUUGAUUUUGAAGAAAAUGAUGACUUUGACGUUCUAGACUGGUGGAAGUCAAAAGAAAGAACGUUCCCGAUUUUAGCACGGAUGGCUAAGCAAGUACUAUCAAUGCCGAUUUCAACAGUUGCUGUGGAACAAGAAUUUAGUUCGGCCGGCAACGUCCUAACGGCAUCUAGAUCGAGAUUGAGCGCAGAGUCUCUUGAGACGCUUAUAUGCUACCACGAUUGGUUGAAGGCCGCACGUAGAACUCAAGAAAUGAGCAUCACCCCCUCCCAAGAUUUUAUGGAUGACUCAACAACCGAUGGUGGCUCUACCUAUGCCGGAAAUUCCGAUUGAUUAGUAUUUUAGAAUUUAUUAUAAAAUGUA